AUGGAGUCGGACGACCAAAAGCGCGACCGCCAGUCCAAAGCUCUCGGGGCCGCCUUCCUCGCCCACCAGGUCUCGCAGCUCGAGAAAUCUGUCGAUACCCUCGCCUUCUCGCGCGACCCGCGCCUGUACCCGCCUCGAGGUGGGCGAGGUGGUCGUGCAUCUGGUCCAGGUGGGGGAGCAGCACGCCGCAGCUCGGCACCGCGCCAGGUCCGCGUCGUCGACGCCAGUGCCCUCGUGCACGCCCUCCCCGUCCUCAAGCGCUGGGUCCGCGACGACACGUUCCAGCUCGUCGUCCCCCUCUCUGCCCUCUCGACCCUCGACCUCCUCAAGAAGGCGCCCAACCCGCUCCACGACCUCGCCCGCGACGCGACCCGCUUCCUCGAGACCCAGCUCGACAUCUCGCGCCAGAUCCACGCCGCCUUCUCGGCCCGCGACGCCGACGCCCGCACGCGCGUGCGCCCGCAGGCCCAGGGCGAGGAGCUCCCGUGGCACGAGGUCGAGCGCAUGUUUGUCGUCCCGGACGGAUGGGUCGUCGAGCUGCCCGAGGGCGUCGACCUGCCGCCGCCGUACCGCCGAGACGCCGCUUUCGGCGACGACGACGAGCACGAGCCCGAGCCGCUUCCGCUCCCGACGGCCAACGACAUCCCCGUCCACCUGCGCUCGACGCUGCAGUGCAUCCUGCACUUCUACCUGCGCGUUCCGCCCGCGCCCUCGUCCACCUCUUCCUCCUCCUCCGCCACCGCGCCCGCACCCCGACCGCCCGCCGCCGUUACCUACGACUCGCGCCUCUCGACACCCGCACCUCUCGCCGCACCACUCGCCAAGCUCCUCGCCUCGACCGCCUCCCCCUCCUCCUCGACCUCUCACCCCACGACCUCUUCCCCGCACAAGCGCCGCGACAACCCCAAGCCCGAGCCCGACUACCUCGCCCUCUCGUCCGGCGACGCCCUCGCCUUCUACCUCGGCACCUUCUUCCCCUCGCUCGGUGGCGCCGGCGCCGCGAGCGUGCUCGAGCCCAUCGCGAGCGACGACGUCGAGCGCGCGAGGGCGUGGUGGAGGGCCCAGGCGCGGGCGCGGCAGCAGGCGCAGGGGCACGGGCAGGGGGACCGCGAGGGUGGUGGUGGUGGUGCGCCGGGGCGUGGAGGACGAGGCGGGCGAGGAGGAGGUGGCGGAGCGAGAGGCGGCGGCGGCGGUGGCGGGUCCGGGCGAGGCGGGCGAGGCGGGCGCGGUGGCGCAAAGAGCGGCGCCGGAGCAGGAGCCGGUGCGGGAGCGGCGGGCGACGCCCCCAAGUCGCUGUACGUGCCCUGA